GCCACCGGUGACGGACCCCGUCUCUUUCUAUCAGGCUUUUCUCUGGAUGAGACUGUCCGCCAAACAUUUGCGUUGUCCCUCUCUAUGUAUUGUGCAAGUCCUCCAAGAAGGCUCAUCUCUUUUCACUGGUGCCUGCCUCUCUUGCCAUGCGUAAUCUACGCAACCCCCCGCGCCGCCACUAUACCCACACGGAGCUCAUCAAGACGUCGCACGUCGGAAUAUCGUCUUCCAUGGGACGUUGUCAUAAACGGCUACGAAGGCCUAGAUACUGAUGUCGUCGCUCAUGGGAAAUGCAUGGCGUAGGCUUGUAUGUUGGAGCGAGGACUUGAGGACGCUUGAAGCAUGGUACUAUCUGUAUCUCUUCCUGGACUUUUUCACGAGCCAAACGUCAUCCCCUACGUUCUCUUUCUCUAGAACUC